AUGGGAGUAAGCACGGCGCCUGAACAGCACAGGCGCGGGUUUAGGUACCGGUGGGAGCCUCUGGAUGUCGAGGCAGUGGCACCAGCUGCGUCAGUGGCAGUGAUGGCCCCUGCUCUGACGGAAGGUGGUCCUCAAAAGCCUGCCGAUUUAAUAAACCCCUUACCGGCUAGUGGAUUUCUAUCUUCGGAACAGGCUGCGCAGGUCUGCCAGAAUCGUGAGGUCUUGGCUAAAUUCGUAGUGUCAGCAAGCGUACAGCCGAGCAAGAUUGACGAGCAGUGCCUGCGCGGCAUAUCCAAAGAUCUGAUCCGCGAUGUCAUCAAUUCACAGUACGCUAGUAAAUUUGAAAGCCUGUCGAUGUUUACGAAUGGUACUGACUUGAUAGCACCGCGUGAUAAUAAUAAAGAUCAAAACGACGACCAAGAGAUUAAUUUCACCAAAUUGGAGGAGGAGGAGGCAGCGGAGGAAGAGGAAGAAGGAGGAGGAGGAGGAGGAGGAGAAGGAGGUAGUGAAGCUGGAGGAAGAAAAACGAAGCACGAGGCUCACGUGGCUGAGGAAUUGCACUCGGUGAUGCCGAAUUGCAACCAAGCCAAGAACAUCAAUACUAUAAUGAGUGAUAAUUCUUCAUUUACUGCUGCUAGUGCUGCUGAAGACAUAAAUAUUCCUGCUGGACCACCAACUAGUCAUCAGACCAACGACGACAUGGGUUUUUUAAAAGCUAAUGAGACCGAAGUGUCGAUGGUCGUUGAUGAUGAACUCCCCGCAGACGUUAAGGACAUCGACAUGACGCCUAUGAUGGAAUUGAACGACGAGUUACAGGCGAAUGUUGUCGAUGAUAUUGGCAACGACGUUGUUGGGGACAUUGGGCAUAAUGUCGAUGACAUUCUUCAGGUUAUCAAGUCAAUGGAAGGCGUGGAGCAAGCCAUCGAAGAUCCCGGUGACGCUAUCAUACCAAGCGGUUCCAGCGAAACAGGUGUACCUUGUCCCGAGAUAUUCCCCAUCUCUGAUACAGCCCUCGCGUCUUUCAGCAGCGAAAUGUUCAACGAGGUAGUUAUGAAACUUGUUGACGACAACAUUGGCAUGAACAUGAACAUGAACAUGAACAUGAAUAUGAAUAUGAAUAUGAACAUGAAUAUUAAUAUGAACAUGGCUGACUCUAGUGAGGCUCAACGUACUGCUAAUCUUCAGGUACAGCAAGAUACCGUUGAACAUAGACAGUUUGAGCUAGAAAGACGAACGGCAUUUUUAAUGAGACGUCUACGUAAACUCCAAGCUAAAUUUAUAGCCCGACAUGCCGCUGAAGAGACGACCAGCGUGCUGGAGCAAGCCCACCAGAGUGUCAAGCCCAUACUUUCGCAAGACUUACCGAUGCUAAUGCCCAAAGGAACUCAUAUGAAAAACUUGUCCGAGAACACCCAUCCACUAAGUGCAUUCUUACAACGAGUUGAAAAAUCUUGUGCUGCUCAGAGCAACAGUGUUAAUCGUCAACGCAGUUAUUGUCGUUACUUCGGAGGUGGUUCGCGUGAUAAUGUUACUAGUAUUAGUUUAAUAGGUAGUAGUGGUGUUGUCAAUGCUGCUAGUGUUAAUAGUGGUGUUAGUAGUAGUGCUAUUGGUAAUACCGGCAGUGCUUCUAGCACAAGACAUCCAUUGUUAGGGACGUCCCAAAUUAAAGUUGAUAAGAAAGAAGUUGAACAUGUUGCUGGUUCUCUGGCUACUCAACUUCAUACUAUCGAAGCUAGUUUUGAUUCUGAUUGCACCGUCUCCAGCAGCGGUGGUGAAAGCUGUGAUGAAAUGCAAACAUUUAAUAAUACCCAUCAAUAUGAGUUACCCAUAAUAAAACGAGCUGCGUGGAGAUAUGCCCAGGAUCGUGCAGCGAUAGCGUCGAGGUGGACGUGGCUAAAUGCACAAAUAUCUGAUCUCGAGUACCGUAUACGUCAACACAAUGAUCUGCAACGAGUAAUCAGGCAGAAUAAAGGUCAGGUGGUGUUGGAAGGCGCUGAAACGGUGAAUGGGUACAGCGGAACGUUGCCGGGUUUGUCGAAUCGGUAUAAUUCACCAGAAUCGGAGCAACAAUGUGCAAGAACACGUGGAUUUGUCUCGGAUACCUACAGAAAGCGUAAAUUACUACGUGUUGAUGGUCUACAUGAGCUGUCUAAGCGCGCUGCGAGGCCGUCUACCGUAAGAUGUGACUGUGAUCAAACAAUGGCGUCCUGUGCGCUGUGUACUGGCCGUAUUGACCCAAUGCAACCUCAGGAACCCUUCGACCAGCUGUCAGUACCUGAGAGAAUCGCGAUGGUUGAUCCUUGCUAUCAUCCAGUUCUUUCAUUCCCCGAUGAGGCCCUGCACAGCACGCAUAUGGAUGCCAUUAUGAAGACGACAGAUUGGCAGCAGAAAAUGCUUCGAGGCAGCACGAGGAUACCUAGGAUUAAAGAAAAGGAAAGAGAGUCCAUUGAGAGGAGGAACAAACCAAAACUACCGCCUGAACAUAAUAAACCCAAUAAAUAUAAUGCCCAGAGAGUGAAAAAGACCUCCUCGUCGACGAUUAUCACCGCGAGAUUAAAAAGAAAGAUGUUAAAGGGAAAACGCGAGAAAUUAAGUAAUAGUGGAACUGCUGUGGGUGGUAGAAAUUUAACUGGAUUAAAUAGAAAAAGAGUUAAUAAAUUGUCACAACAAAACGAAGAUGAGGAUGAUGUUAGUCAGUCGAGUUCUAGCAAACAUUCGUCUCCAGUGCCUUCACCUUUACAGCAUCCUGCUAUCGAAAAAAUUCUUCCGAAAGAAAAGAGCUCUAAUUCACACGGACGAACACGACAGCAGUCCUUUGAUAUUGAUAAUAUUGUCAUACCGUACAGCGUUGCUGCGGCUACUAGAGUAGAAAAACUUCAGUAUAAAGAAAUAUUAACACCAAAAUGGAGAAUUUGUGAUGAUAUUACAAAAACGGACGUUAAAAACGGUGUCAUCCACAGGCCUAGUCAAGAUAGUGAUGUCGAGGAUGUAUCAGAUGAAGCUAUAGCCCAACGACAUGAACGUAGUGAACGUGAAGAAAAUAAACGAUUUAUGACGUAUUUAAGUACCGUUCCACAAAAUCGUCUUCGUCAUAGUCGUAGGACUGAUAGUAGAGCUGAUAGUGGUGCCAAUACUCCAGAUCCAAUGUCACCGCAUCCUAGUGAACUUGGAGACGUAACGUCACCACUGACAUCACCACCAGCAACGCCGAUGAGUAGUCAUGACGCUGAUCAUUCUAACACUCUGGACAGUCAAAGAAAUUCUCUACAAAAUGCCAUUCGGAGACGAACAAUAUCGUCUGCCAGAACGUGCAGAGAAGAAGCCAAUAGCACCAAUCCUGAAGAGGAUAGUGAGGUUCCAGCGUAUGAGCCUAGACUAUUUCCGUUAUCGGAAGAAGUUUAUGAUAAAAUGGUACAAAUUAUGCCUGAUGGACAUUUGCAGUCAACAACAUCUGCUAUAUGUCCUCAAGCAACCGAAAAAAUACCGAAUUAUGAAGCAGAUCCAGCGUCACCAGGAUCGGAUACAACGGAGUCGGCAUAUUGUGAUGCCGACGGUGAAGAUCCAAAUGAUCCCGAGUGGACAGUUGGAGACGAAAGAGAUACUGAAAAAGAAAGAAUACGCUUAACGACCAAGAGAUAG